AUACAUGCUGUGGGAUGUGAUAUUAUCCUUAUAAUAUUACCUAAAUACAGGAUCAAUUAAUUAACUACUCAUGACAAAUACAAGGAUAAAGGCCCCUGAACAUGGCACUACUGCCAGGAGUCUUCUGGACUUUCGGUCAAACACAAGAUAACAUUGGCACAUUUGCCAAGGCCCAGAAAAUGAACUACCAAAGUAUUUGGAGGCCAUCUGCAACCAUGAUGCCGUAUGGAGAGCUAGACAGUUGAAACAAUGAGUAUCCGACCAAUGGGAAGAUGGUUGGCAGAGCAGUUAGCCAAGCGAGCCUGAAUCCUCUAAGCUUAGCUAAUCAGGUGUAAAGAGCUUUUGGCAAUUCCCAUUGAUAUGAAUGCUGCAUAUAAGUAAUGGCACCAAAGUAAGCCCGCUGCAAUGCCUUCCACCAGUUUGGUGAUGGGUUGGAAACUAAGUGAUCCGCUACAAAGUUGUGCCCUUACUAUUUAGGAUUUUUGAACUCUCUUAUUGGCUCUCAUGUCAUCCAGUUUCUUGUGUUGUGCAAUUCAUGAGCUAGUCUUUUCAUGAGUUCCAACUGUGCUCAUGAUUUUGGUAUCAGUGCCAGCUUUAUUUUGGAUUGACAGAUUUGUGUACGUUUUUUUUACUAGUUAUUGUCUGCAGUCAGGUUUGUCAUCCAUCACAGCCUCAGCAAGUCAAUGGAGACGUACUACCAGGAAAGUGGCCGUGCUGGGCGAGAUGGACUUCCUUCUGAAUGCUUACUUUUUUUUAGGCCGGGUGAUGUUCCGAGGCAGAGCUCGAUGGUGUUCUAUGAGAAUUCCGGAUUGCAAAACCUGUAUGACAUAGUACGAUAUUGUCAGACUAGAAGAGAAUGCCGAAGAAGUGCUUUCUUCAGACACUUUGCUGAGCCAUUACAAGACUGCAAUGGGAUGUGUGACAACUGUUCAUUUUCAGCUGAAGUAAAGGAAAUGGAUGUCUCUGGACAUGCAAAAUCUUUGUUAUCUGUGGUGCACGAUGUGCAAGAGAAUGACCAGCGAUUAACGAUGUUGCAAUUGGUGGACAAAAUGAAGGUUAAGAACAAGGGUGUAGGUCCUGAGAUGAAGAAAGAUGAAUUAGAGCAACUUGUGAUUCAGCUUAUAUUAGAUCGAGUUUUGAAAGAAGAAUUUCAGCACACAGCUUAUUCGACCAAUGCUUAUGUAACAAUUGGACCUCUUGCAAAGCAAGUGUUGCAAGGGAAGAAGAUUGUGAUGCUUGAGGUCUCUAGCAAACAAAAGGGUGGAGUAAUGAAGGGUUCCAAACGCAGCCUCGCAUCUUCAGGAUUGGUGUAUAAGCUGGACGAGCUGCGAAAAGAGCUUUCUUCUGCUCAUGGAGGAAUAUUUCCUCAUUCUGUAUUGUCUACUCAACAGAUCACCUUACUAAGCACCGAGAGGCCAAAGACAAUGGAACAGGUGGAGAAGAUAAUCGGGAAGUUGAAGGCACAGAAAUAUGGGAGUAAAAUCCUCGAAGAAAUUCAGAAUUAUGAACUGCAGCACCCGCUUCCUAAUGAUUUGGUCGAUGAAGGACAAGAUGGUGGAAACAGAUCCAAAAAGAGGUCGAAAACUAAAAAUGUUCCUGUUGUCAUUGAGAGUAGUGAACACGAAGCAUGAAAUUUUUAGAGAGAUGCCUCUGGAGGUCCUACCAUUGUUUACCAUUUUUUAGAGAAUAGGAAUAUUUGUAUGCAUUCACGUCUAUAUACACAGAGUUGAAAUUUUUUGUGGAAACAAGUCUGCGAUCGGUGCCUCUUAAAGUGGCUCGGGUACUACUUUUCUAAUUCUCUGUUACAGAGGCUAGGCUUCUCAUCUCUGUCCACCAAGUGUUUUGGACCGGGUUGUUUAGGCUUGUGGAUUGGCCUUUUGUUUCAUUUUGAUGAUUUGAUCCGUUCGCCUCCUAUGAUAGGUAUGUGCAUCAUCCUUGGAGAAAACUAGAUUGAUUCGAGUAUUGUGGUCUCGUGAUUUCAUCA